CCUCUCUCUCUCUCUCUCUCUUUUUCUCUUUGCAUUUAUACCUAUAUACCUAUAUCUAUAUAUAUAUAUAUACAUAUCACUUGACUCUCAGCAUACCCAUUUUGCGUAUCUGAUUUUCUUUCUAUUUUCUGUGUUUUUUGGGUAUAAAGAUAACAGGGUUUGAGACCGAGAGAGAGAGAGACACACACACACACACAAACACACUGGAUAUGGAGAAUGUUGUGGAGAGAGAAAACGGUGCGACUGUUUCUACGAUGUUCAGUGAAGAGGAAGUGAAAGAGAUGAGUGGGUUCAAUCGAAGAGACGAUUAUGUGGAAGUCACGUGUGGGUGUACGAGCCAUCGGUAUGGUGAUGCUGUUGGGACGCUUAGGGUUUUUAUCACUGGUGAUCUCGAAAUCAGUUGUGAAUGUACCCCUGGUUGUCAGGAAGAUAAGUUGACCCCCGCUGCAUUUGAGAAGCAUUCUGGUAGAGAAACAGCUAGGAAAUGGAAGAAUAAUGUCUGGGUCAUUGUUAAUGGGGAGAAGGUUCCUUUGUACAAGACACUGCUGCUUAAAUAUUACAAUCAAGCAUCAAAAGGUUCCAAUAGGUCCCAUAGAUCACACAAUGGCCGAGUUUGUCAUCGUGAUGAGUUUGUUUGCUGCACUAGGUGUAACAAAGACCGCAGGUUCCAUCUCCGCACCAAAGAGGAAUGCACCAAAAGACCAAGCAAGGAAGUAAAAAUGCAGGAAAAAAAAAAUGAAAGGAAGUUUGACAGAGUUGAGAACUACAUCAAGAACAGUACUGUUUACACACCAAAAGACCAAGCAAGGAAGUAA